AUGACCGGCUCUAAUGAGUUCAAGCUGAACCAGCCGCCCGAGGACGGCAUCUCCUCGGUGAAGUUCAGCCCCAACACCUCGCAGUUCCUGCUCGUGUCGUCCUGGGACACGUCGGUGCGGCUCUACGACGUGCCGGCCAACUCGCUGCGGCUCAAGUACCAGCACUCGGGCGCCGUCCUGGACUGCGCCUUCUACGACCCAACGCAUGCCUGGAGUGGGGGAUUAGACAACCAAUUGAAAAUGCACGAUUUGAACACGGACCAAGAAAACCUGGUGGGAACGCACGAUGCCCCCAUCAGGUGUGUGGAGUACUGCCCGGAGGUCAACGUGAUGGUCACCGGGAGCUGGGACCAGACGGUGAAGCUGUGGGACCCCAGGACGCCCUGCAACGCCGGCACCUUCUCUCAGCCCGAAAAGGUGUACACGCUGUCGGUGUCCGGGGACCGGCUGAUCGUGGGCACGGCGGGCCGCCGUGUGCUCGUGUGGGACCUGCGCAACAUGGGCUACGUGCAGCAGCGCCGCGAGUCCAGCCUCAAGUACCAGACACGCUGCAUCCGGGCCUUCCCCAACAAGCAGGGCUACGUGCUGAGCUCCAUUGAGGGCCGGGUGGCAGUGGAGUACUUGGACCCCAGCCCCGAGGUGCAGAAGAAGAAGUAUGCCUUCAAGUGCCACCGGCUGAAAGAGAACAACAUCGAGCACAUCUACCCGGUCAACGCCAUUUCCUUCCACAACACCCACAACACGUUCGCCACAGGUGGCUCUGACGGGUUUGUAAACAUUUGGGACCCGUUUAAUAAAAAGCGGCUGUGCCAGUUCCACCGGUACCCCACCAGCAUCGCGUCGCUGGCCUUCAGCAGCGAUGGGACCACGCUCGCAAUAGCAUCCUCCUACAUGUAUGAAAUGGACGACACGGAGCACCCCGAGGACGGCAUCUUCAUCCGCCAAGUGACCGACGCAGAGACAAAGCCCAAGUCCACCUAG